GCACUGCGCUGGCCCUGACACGCAGCCUGCGCAAGAGACUCGCAGACCCACCCCUGGCCAGGAAGAAACUCAAGGAAGAAGGCUUCGCAAAGGCGCGGACCUCACAGCUGAUGAAAGAGACGCGGGACCAGCCCACCGAGGAGAGCCCGCCGCCCGAGGACGCAGUGCCAGCCACACCAGAGCAGCCGCGGCGCAAGGACGACGCCUCAGAGGCAGCGACACCUGGCACCCCAGCGACAACACCACUGCAGCAGCGCGAGCCUGGAUCAGCACGCCGCACGGGCGCUGUCCUCUCCCCUGGCCAGAGACUGCGGCGCGGCCUCGCGGCAGCCCUCAAGGGCCGCCGCCUGAGAGGGAAGCAGGCCCCUGGCGGCGCAGCGCCCGCCGUCCUGCGCAGGCCAGCCGCAGCGGCGAAGGCCGCAGCGCGCCGCGCCAGCGGGCCCCUGGACCCAAACCUGGUAGCAAGGUUCAAGGAGCUCCUGGGCGCGGGGAAGAAGGUCGCAGCCAUUGGCAGAGAACUAGGAAUCGAUGACCACAUGUGCACUGCCAUUGUACGCAACCUGGGCCGCGACGCCAAGGCCACCCUGGACGCCAAGAAGAAAGCACAGUGCCUGGAGCUCCUGAACGAAGGCAAGACCCGCGCGGAGAUCGCGCAGACCCUGUGGAUCAACACUAACACGUUCGCGAAGUGGAGCAGAGAGAGGCGCCGAGAGGCUAAAUACCAGAAGGACACCAGGUGCGCGGAGCUACCCGAGGCUGGCGAGAGCCACGAGAGCAUCACGAAGACCUUGGGGAUCGAUAGCAACGCCGUCGCCGCGGCAAGAAAGAGGAGGCGCAGCGACACCUUCGGCGAGACCCCUGAGCAGACCUGGGCCAAAGAGGCCGCCAAGCGGUUCCACCUGCCCUGGAAGUGCCUGCGCCUCGACGACUGCAGCUCCGAGCCCAACCCUCAGGACUCUGCGCUCCAGCGGUGGUUGCGCUGCGGCUCCUGGACCUUCUGCCCUCAGUGCGGCCGCGAGUCGAACAACGGCAAGCUGGCGGAUGCCUGGUUCAAGGGCAGAGGCAACGGCGUCGCCAUCCCUUGCAACAACGGCUGCGACCCCUCGCCCCAGGCUCUCUCCAAGGACCACUACUACCGCCCAGAACGCGACGAGGAGAGCCGCCAACCACUCCCAGAGGUGCACAACACACACUACCCUGCCUCCGCAAUGCCGAAGAAAGCCCCGAAGCUCAUGUGCUACGUCACUCCCAGGAACGACCGCCCUCCGCCAGAGACAGAAGCCGAGACGUACACCGUGGGCGCCCUGGAGCACUCCUGGAAGGACAUGUACGGCGAGGGCCACCUGGGCGACUGGCCGCAGCAGCUCCUGGACCUGAACGAGAAGGAGGCGGAGUCCCUGGCCGUGAUCACCCUGCGGGUAGAGAAGCGCCAAGUGCGCGGAGGGAAGGCGCCCACCUGGAACUGGCAGAAGAUGGGCGCCGUCACGGCGCACUGGCUCCGCCGCGACGUCACGGACGGGCUCGCCCCCAGGGCGCGGGCCGCCUUCGACUGGCUGAUGCGCUACAACGCCACGUACGCCAGGUUCGCGCAGCAGCACCGCAAGGAGAAGGCCCAGGCUACCACCCAGGACUGGUUCGUCAUCAAGACUGCACGGCUCCUACUCAACCUACCUGGCGUGGAAGUAGCCGCGCGCCCCUGGCUCUACCCCCUCGCAGAGUACGGAGACUCCGACAUCAAAGAGCGCCUGCUGAGGCUCGGCCAGCUCACGCAGAAGAACAAGCCGUCCCUGCAGAGCAGCUGGUGCCGCAAGCUGCUGAGCCGCCACGUGGGCUACGGCGAGGACUUCGAGCUCUUCUGCCUCCUCUACGACAUCAGCCUGGCCCGCCGCGUGUCUGCGCGCGUGGCCACUGCAGCCAAAGAGGAGAUCUCGCCCGAGGAGGCCGCGUCAGACAUGCCCAACUUCGGGGGCGACUGGCAGAAGCAGCUCCGCAAACUCCAGGACAUGUGCAGGCAGUACGUGACGGACGAGAAGUACCUGGCGGGGAACGCUCAUCUGCGCCUGAACGAUGCGAGAGACCCCCUCCCAGAGAGCUACUCCCGCGGCCUGCCGAACCUGUACUUCACCAUGGCCCCUGCAGGGUGGAAGGCGCUGCUCCACGAGGGACUCCUGGGCUGGAGGCAGCGAGCCGACAACCUCUCGGAAGGGCAGGCUGCGCUCACGCUGCACCUCCACCACAUCCUGGGCACCCUGAUCAGAGACGUAAUCCUGAGGAAGGGCGCCCCGACGGACGAGGAGGGCAACUUCAGAGACGCCUACUUCGAGAAGAGGCACGCGUGCGGCAUCGACGAGGUCUUCGACUACUGCUUGCGGUUCGAGUUCCAGAGCAGGGGCACACUCCACGUCCACGUCCUGGCCUGGGUCAAGUACUCCAAAACCAACAUGGACGAGAUGUCGGGCAGGUCCAACCAGGAGGGCCCCAAGUCGGACCUCCCCAAGUGGUUCGAAGAGCUGUCCAGGAGUUCCGUGGACGUCCAGUGCGGCGACGGCCACAACACCGUCUUGCAGUACGUCGCGGGCUACGUGAGCAAGGCCUCGGACGCACUCACGUUCAAGUACGGCGACUACACAGAGCGAGACAGCCCCUGGCGCAUGACUUACAGACUGCUGUGCAAGAGAGCCCCCCUGCUCCCUGAGAUGGCCCUGGAGUUCUCGGACUGCAGCCCCAUCGACAACUCCUACCGCCACGACUUCGUCUACGCACCGCUCCCGCGCCACCGAGAGGACGACGAGGGCCCUCGCACCACCGAGCCAGAACCCAGGCGCGGCGAGAGCAGCAAGCGCAGGGCCGCCAAGAACUCCAGCACGAAGCUCUACGAGGCUUACUUGAAGCGCCCAGGCCCCACGCCCUUUGACGAGUGGCGCCAGGAACAGAACGCCUGCGACAGCGAGACUACGCGGAAGCAGUACGAGGACUACAAGAAGAGGCUCACAGGGUCCUUCCUCGAGUGGCUCCGGGGCUACCACCUGGUCAACGGCGAGGUAAAGGACAGGGGCGGCCACGGCGUCGGGAAGAACAAGGAGCGCUGCGCCAUCGGCGUGCACUACCCCUACGAGAUGCUCGACAACUUCCUGGGCGCGUUCAUAGCCAUGAACACCCCGCACUCAAGCGAGGCAGAGCUGGCCCCAGACCUGAGCCCAGACGUCCCCGAGGGCACGCGCUACCUGGCGACCGCCCUGAUGCAGGAGCGCUACGGCGGCAACCCAGGCAAGCGCGAGUACGGAGACGUGGAGCUGUUGAUUGAGGAAACCGACAGGGACCUGUACAUCCGAGGGAAGAAGUACGCCGACCGCAAGAACCUGGCUCGGCGCCUGCGCGCUCUGAAGCUGCUCCUGGACAACACUGGGACACGCGGCGUGUGCAUCCCCGCCGACAUCUGGGACGUCAAGGCCGUGGGCGCCCCGCCACCGCGAGUCUGGUCUGCCGAGCAGAAAGAGGCCCUGGACAUCAUCGAGAGCGGCGCGGCCGUGGACGACGCCAACGCCAACGCGCAGAACCGCAGGCUCGUCAUCACGGGCAAACCUGGCGCGGGCAAGACCGAGGUCGUCUGCGGCGCAGCCACUGCAGCCGCCGCCAAGGGAGAGCGCGUUCUGAUCGCGUGCCCCAUCGGCGCCCUGAUCGACGUCUACCGCCAGCGCCUCCCGCCCAACGAGAACAUCGUCAUCGAGACGGUGCACUCCUCCCACGGCAUUCCCAUCGGGCGACAGAAGGACGAACAGUGGAACCCCCCUGGGCGCCUGCGCACCUUCGACCUCAUCAUCUACGACGAGGUGUCGCAGAUAGAGGAUAAGGUCUGGACGAAGAUGGACCUGGCUCUCAACGAACUGACCACUGGCCCCUUCGUCUGCUUCGUGGGCGAUUUCCAACAGCUCCAGCCCGUGGGCGGCAACGCUCUGAACGUCGACCUGGACCAGGCAGUCGCCAGCGGUAGGAUGCGCCACGUGGACCUCAAGCCGCACUCCCUGGCUCGCAGCACCGACCCAGAACUCCUGGACUUCCUGAACUACGUGCGGGAGCGCCAACCCACGAAACCGAUGCUCGUCGAGUUCUGGGGCGACAGGCGCCUGACGCAGGACACAGGCUACAGGGGCGAGAACGUCAUCGACACGGCUGUGAACAAGUCCAUGGACCUGGAGGAAGAGACAGGCAAGCACUUCACGCUCCUCACCGUCCGCAACGACGGCGCGCUGCGUCUGAACCGCAAGCGCGCGGCGACGGAGUUCGGGGACCGCGAGGAAACCGGGGAGAGCUGGAAGAUGCACGGCGUGCCCGCCGACCCGGAGUACCGCGUGAGGAGCGACGACCCCGAGGACCCCCGCAACUUCGUCGUGGCACUCGAAGGCAUGCGAAUCCGCUUCACGAGUAACGUCGGCAAGGAGUCUGGAUUCGUGAACGGCGCCCUGGCCGAGGUCGAGUACAGGCGCAUCCUGGUCUACCCCCUGACAGACCCGCGCAGCAACGACCGCAGCUUCUUCAUGCCCUUCACCUACGGCUACGCGAUGACCAUCAGGAGAGCGCAAGGUUCCACGCUGGAGCUCAUCGGCCUCUGGUUCGACCACACGCACCCCCCCGAGCCUGGAUGCGGAUGCGUGGGCCUCUCUCGCGUGCGGCGGAAAAUCCACGCGUGGCUCAUGGGCAAAGCCCGUACCACCGACUUCUGCCCAGUGCCCGCAGACCCUGCCGCGCCGCAGCCGCGCCGAGGGGACGACAGCGCCAGCUCCGACGUCGACAGCGAUUUCGGCGAUUGGGAUUCCGACGACGGCGAGUCCUCGCCCGCUGGAGAGGACCAGGGCGCCUCCAUGUCCUCGUCCGCCGAAGAGGACCAGGGCGCCUCCGUCAGCAGCGCAGAGAGCUCGGGGGGCGACCCAGGCGCAAGCUUCCCAGAAACCAACUCCUCCGCAGGCGACCCCGGAGCCACCCCACCAGGCAGCGACGACGAGCGCUCCGCGGAGGAGGCUGGCGCCACGCCCCUAGGCAGCGAGCACUCUGAAGGCGACCCUGGCGCAAGCCCACCUGGCAGCGACGGCGAGAGCGCCGCGGCGGGCAGCCCCAGCGCUGGAGGCCCAGAAGGCAGCGGCGCCGACCGCCCCGAGGACGGCCCUGGCGCCAGCACCCCAGACGCAGACGCGCACCUCGGCGAACCUGGCGCGCCGCCAGCAGGCUCUGACGCGGGCGAACCUGGCGAGACAGCAGCAACAGCCGAGCAGCUCCUGCAUCCGAGGCGCACCCCUUGCCCCCUGGAAAACGUCGGGAACUCCUGCUACGCCAACGCCACGCUGCAGGCGAUCUUUUCCCUGCAGAUGACGGAGGAGUUCUGUAGCAUCGUGCCCGUCGAUGACAGCGGGGGCGGAGCCCUCGUCGCCACCUUCCGCGCGGCCGAGGAGAGCAAGCUCUUCGCACCGCAGAGGUUCCUGGCUGACCACUACGAGCAAGACAAAGACCAGCAGGACGCACAGGAGUUCCUCCAACGGCAGGUGCUGCAAGCUGCAGAAACCUGGGCCACGCAGUGCAGCGGCGCCGACGCGCCCAAGCUCCUGUGCCGACACUGCGGGAUCGUUGGGCGCCUAACCGAGCGAGAAACGUUCUCCUCGAUAUCCCUGCCCCUCCACUCCCAGGGCGGCGCGCCCUACCGCACGGCCGCCGAGGCGCUCCUGGGCUACCUGGACACGCGGCAGACUGUGGCGCUCAGGGCCUGGGCUUGCAGCACACCAGAGUGCGUCGCGCGCGGCGUCGCAGCAGACGACCCAGCGAAGAUGCCCAACGUACUGCACUGGCCGCGCGUCCUCAUCCUGCACCUCCUGCGCUGGGACAACAAGCAAAUCCCGGUCCCGCACGCCGUGGCGCCCGACCGCACCCUGCACGUGAGCGGCACCACCUACGCGCUGCGCGCAGUGGUGACGCACGAGGGCAGCUCAGCUCGCAGCGGCCACUACGUGGCGUUCGCUUCGCGGGGCGACCGCUGGCACGUGUGCGACGACAAAGCAGUGCGGCCAGCCACAGAGAGCGAGGGGACGACGUUCGUGCGCGACAGGGUCAAGGGCCACACCUACCUGCUCUUCUACGAGAAGGUGGACUCGCCCGCGGUAUCUGUGGUCCUGGACUGA